GGUAAAUAAGGAGCUCCGGUUGUUGUCCUCCUGACCGUCUUUGAAGACAUUCAGCAAAUCCAUCUGCAGAUAAAAUGAAAAAAGGUGAAGGACCUCCUCCAGAUACUGAAGUUAUUCUUGAUAUCCCGGCGCCACCAUAUCCUGGCCCCCCUUUGGACAACAAUGUGGUUGUCACUAUGCCUAAACCUGAUGGUCAGCAGCAUCACCAACCUGUUGAUCAGCAAAAUCCCCAACCUGUUGCUCCCCAGCCUCUUGCUCAGCAAAAUCCCCAACCUGUUGCUCCCCAGCCUGUUGCUCAGCAAUAUCCCCAACCUGUUGCUCUCCAGUCUGUUGCUCAGCAAUAUCCUCAGCCUGUUGCUCAGCAAUAUCCUCAGCCUGUUGCUCAGCAAUAUCCUCAGCUUGUUGCUCAGCAAUAUCCCCAACCUGGUCAACAACCAGUUAUGCAAUUUGUUGGACCACAAGGUCCCGUUGUUCAGUCAGUGAACCCAGUGUUGGUGGUGCAACGGACACCCACUGACGCCCCUGGACAAAUGCACUGCCCCCAUUGCCAGAACACUGUUGUGACCAAAACCGAAUACCAAAUAGGCAUGCUAACCUGGAUCAUUUCUGGAGUGCUGUUUUUUGUUGGGUGCUGGCCUUGCUGUCUCAUCCCCUUCUGUGCGACUUCUUGCCAAGAUGUGCAGCACUCCUGCCCAUCAUGUAACAACGUCCUGCACACCUACAGACGCAGGUGAAACCCACUGUUGAACCCUGCAGUGACUGACAUGUAUGCUGAGUCUCUAUUAAAGUGGACUUUUUUGUCUUAUCCUGCUAACAUUUACAUUUAGUUGACUGUUAUUACUAAUAAAAAACAUGUGCUUGAAUCAUGAAUAAUUAUUGAUUAAAUCAGAUA